CGAUCCAGCACCGGCUGGAAAACCUCACCGUCGGGAGGAGCUACUCACGGAACUGUGUGCUCCUGUCCGAUGCGCUCGACGACCUUGCCGCCCAGUUCCCUCCCGCGGAAGUGUGCGAGCGCUGGCUGCGGUCCUUCUUCGCGUACGACACGCUGCAGCGGCACAUCCCGAAAGAGUACUUUGUCGCAAGGGUAGACGAGGUACUCGCCCGCGUGCCGGUCGUAGAGGACCGGGACGCUCCGCUGCUGGCUAUGCUUGCUGCUGCGCUGCAGGUUGGACGGGCGUCUAGCGGCGAGGGGACGGACCUCAUUCCGCUCAUGGACCAGCUGCUGCGCUACUGCGAGCGCCAUGGGCUGUACACCGCCGACUUUGUGCACGCGCACCUGCUUGCCAUUGACACGCAGAUGCUCGGCGGCGGGUCGCCGUUCGGCGCUUGGCUUGCCGCUGGAAAGGCGCACCACGCUGCCUUACUGGUGGGCGUGCAUCUCGACCGCACGGGCGAGACACUCUUCGAGCAGGAGAUGCGCCGCCGGCUCUGGUGGAACAUCAAGCUUGCACGGCAUACCCUCGCGGCCCGACUCCAGAUCCACGUACCGCUUCUUGACCCUGACGUUCCCCGCCCGCUCGUGAUAUCCGACGCGCAGCUCCAGAGCGAGGACCUGCUGGAGACGAUCAGCGUGCCAGAAUGGGCGGCUAUCGACGCGCGGAUAUCCUUUGUCAACGUGAUCGCGGCCCGUGUCAUCGCACUGGCGCAGGACACCCCCAUCCUUGACCGAUUUGCAGAGUGCCAGCGCCUGCUGGACGACUACCAGUUCACCCUGCCCGCGUCCCUGCGGCUCGAGAGCGCGACCAAAACCCUGCCGUGGGGGUACGCACAGGCAUGCAUCGCCGCGAUUGCGACACAGGAGGCCAUGCUUGGCGUCUAUCGCCCGUUCUUCGCAGACGCCAACACAGGCGCCAUGGCGCUCGCGCUUGGCGUGGACGCGGCACACCGGCUCAUCGCCACGUCCCAGCUCCUCGCCAGCUUCCUCAUGUUCGAGUGGGUCGACAACGCGGCCUCGACGCUGUGGAGCGGCGCAGCGAGCGUGUUCGCCGCCGGCACGGUGCUCGUGUAUGCCCUUCUUGGCGGCAGCGGGGACCGGGACAAGCACCUCGUCGCGCUGGAUACCGCCAUCGGCGUGCUCAGGUCGCACACCGCCGCGCCUUCCGCGCCCAGCGCCAACGCCAAGGCGUUCGCCACGCUCGAGACACUCGCCCGUGCCAUUCGCGAGGGGCGCGCCGUCGACAGCGGCGCGGUGAUCGACCCGUUCUCGGGGCAGAGCGUGGUCUUGCCUCCGCCGGCGACCUUUGAGUGGGAUACGCUGUUUAGUCUGUUCCCUGCGGCGUGA